GCAAAUAGUUGAGUGAACAGCACCAGUAGAGAGUGGAGUAGAGGAGACCGCAGUGAGGGAGCAAGGUGCCAAGAAUAGACAGCCAGAAACACAAAGAGGACAAGUCUAGCAUUUAUUUUCUUUUUUAGACACCAUGGCUGAAGAGAAAACGUUUCUCAUGUCUUCCGUAAAUGGAUUGUAAUUUCUUUUUCCAACUCUUUCCCGCACUGCUUUCAUCCCUCCUGUGCUGCGCUUCACUGGAAUGUGCGCUGUAGCUUCUCCGGGACACAUCUGAGGAGCAAGACAAGCAGCUGGAAGAAAAAAAGCCUCGCUAUCAUUAAUAUUCCGUUUAAAAAAUCAAAAUGUCUUUGUUUUGAUGGGACACAUUUGUCCAGACGCCUUAGGCAUUUUUGGUGACUUUUGCGCAUUUUGGAGAUUUUUGCCUGUCAACUGAAAUGGGUGAUGGAAAUUGACAUUUUGUCCAUUAACAGAGGAUAAUAAGGUUUAUGAUAUUUUUACCCAAGUGCACUUGUGUUUCCGGCGAUGAUUGUGUUUCUGAUCGUCCUCUGUAUCACGGAUGGAGUGCUCUCUCAGAUACGCUACUCUGUCCCGGAGGAGGCGGACCAUGGCACUUUGGUGGGGAAUAUCGCAGAGGACCUGGGGCUGGACCUCACCAAGUUGGCUUCCCGUCGCUUCCAAGUGGUACCGAACUCUCGGACGCCGUACCUGGAGGUGAACCUGGAGAACGGCGUCUUGUUCGUUAACGAGAAAAUUGACCGGGAGCAGAUCUGCAGGCAGAGCGCCAGUUGCCAGCUCAACAUGGAAGUGUUCUUGGAGAACCCACUGGAACUGUUUCGGGUCGAAAUCGAGGUAGUGGACAUUAACGACAACCCACCCAGCUUCCCGGAAACAGACAUCACGGUGGAGAUCUCAGAGAGCGCCACACCGGGCACCCGUUUCCCUUUGGAGAGCGCGUUUGAUCCGGACGUGGGCUCUAACGCUUUACGCACUUAUGAUAUCACCACUAACAAUUAUUUUUAUCUGGACGUGCAGACCCAAACGGACGGAAAUAAAUUCGCGGAGCUCGUGUUAGAGAAGCCACUGGACAGGGAGCAGCAGGCGGCGCACAGGUACGUUCUGACCGCGGUGGACGGCGGUCAGCCUCCUCGGACUGGCACCGCGCUGCUUGUUGUCAAAGUAUUGGACUCCAAUGAUAACGUGCCCGUUUUUGACCAGCCCGUAUACACCGUGAGCCUCUCGGAAAACGCACCGGUGGGCACCCUGGUCUUACAACUGAAUGCCACCGACCUGGACGAGGGACUAAACGGGGAAAUAGUUUAUUCGUUCAGCAAUCACAUCUCCAACCGCAUAAAGGACCUGUUCAGCAUAGACCCGCGCACAGGACGCAUCGAAGUGCGCGGAGAGGUGGAUUUCGAGGAGAGCAGCCUGUAUCAAAUCUUCGUUCAGGCCAAGGAUCUAGGGCCAAAUGCUGUGCCUGCUCACUGUAAAGUGCUGGUCAAAGUAACCGACGUGAACGACAAUGCACCGGAGAUCACCUUCAGCACUGUCACAGAGUCAGUGAGUGAAAAAGCGGCUCCCGGUACCGUCAUUGCGCUGUUAAGUGUGACGGACCGCGACGCAGAGGAGAACGGACAGAUCCACGUGGAAAUCCUCGGUGAUGUCCCGUUUAAAUUAAAAUCCUCAUUUAGGAAUUAUUUCACUAUAGUGACCGACGGUCCGUUGAACCGGGAGCAGGCGGACUCCUACUCUGUGACUGUGGUCGCGCGGGAUAAAGGCACGCCUUCACUUGCCACCAGUAAAUCUAUUCGUGUCCAGGUGUCAGAUGAGAACGAUAACGCGCCCACAUUUACGCAGCCCAUAUAUGAUGUAUAUGUGACAGAGAACAACGUGCCAGGGGCUUACAUACAUGCUGUGACCGCUCUGGACUCGGACAUUGGGCAGAAUGCCCUCAUCAGCUAUUCCAUCCUAGAGUGUGACAUUCAGGGCAUGUCAGUCAAAACAUAUGUGUCAAUCAACGAAGAGACGGGAUAUUUGUAUGCACUCAGGUCCUUUGAUUAUGAGCAGCUGAAGGAUUUCACUUUCAUGGUGCAGGCCAAAGAUGCAGGUUCCCCAGAGCUUUUCUCCAAUGCCACUGUCAAAGUCAUUAUUGUGGACCAGAACGAUAAUGCCCCCCUAGUGCUGGCUCCUCUGGGAAAAAAUGGCACUGCCAAAGAGCCCCUGCCCCGCUCAGCUGAGCCUGGGUACCUGGUGACCCGCAUUGUGGCCAUGGAUGCAGAUGAUGGGGAGAAUGCUCGCUUGUCCUACAGCAUCCAAAGAGGAAAUGAAAAUGGCAUGUUCAGAAUGGACUGGAGGACAGGUGAACUCAGAACAGCAAGGCGGGUGUCAGCCAAGAGAGACCCCCACCAGUUGUACGAUCUGCUGGUUGAGGUCAGAGACCAUGGCCAGCCACCACUGUCUUCCAGUGCCAGUGUGCUGGUGAUGCUGGUGGACAGCGUGGCUGAAGGCCGCGGCAAUGGGGAGAGAGGUGGCACUACCAAGGCCAAAGAUGGCACCCUGGACCUCACCCUCAUCCUUAUUAUCGCCCUGGGCUCCGUCUCCUUCAUUUUCCUGCUGGUCAUGAUUGUUCUGGCUGUGCGUUGCCAAAAGGAUAAAAAACUCAACAUUUACACCUGCCUGACCAGCGACUGCUGCCUGGGCUGCAGCUCCUGCUGCUCAAGGCAGGGCAGGGCACGCAAGAAAAAGCUCAGCAAGUCAGAUAUCAUGCUGGUGCAAAGCGCUGUUAAUGUCAGUGGGGCUGGUACAGCUCAAGUCCCUGUGGAGGAGUCCGGGAGCUUCAGCUCCCACCACCAAAACCAGAACUAUUGCUAUCAGGUAUGUCUGACUCCAGAGUCUGCCAAAACAGACCUCAUGUUCCUAAAGCCGUGUAGUCCAUCUAGGAGCACAGACACCGAUCACAACCCGUGUGGGGCCAUAGUGACAGGGUACACAGACCAGCAGCCUGACAUCAUAUCAAACGGCAGCAUUUUAUCAAAUGAGACCAAGCACCAGCGAGCUGAACUCAGCUACUUGGUUGACAGGCCGAGGCGUGUCAACAGUUCGGCCUUCCAGGAGGCAGACCUGGUCAGCUCCAAAGACAGUGGCCAUGGAGACAGCGAGCAGGGAGACAGCGACCAUGACGCCACCAAUCGAGGACACUCCUCUGGCGCUGAUCUGUUCUCUAACUGUACGGAGGAGUGUAAAGCCCUGGGCCACUCUGAUCGCUGCUGGAUGCCGAGCUUUAUGCCGUCCGACGGGCGCCAGGGCCCAGACUACCGCAGCAACCUCCAUGUACCCGGCAUGGACUCAGUCCCAGACACAGAGGUAUUUGAAAACCCAGAGCAAACGGCUGAUAGGUCAUUCUCCACCUUUGGCAAAGAGACGCCUCACAAUCCCCAACACCUCCACCACUACCACAACCACCAUCACCUCUACCACCACCACGGCUCCCUAGAGAGGAAAGAGUUGGAAGCAUUUCUGCCUAGCUCCAGAGCAGCUUAUAACCCAGCUUUUUUAACGAGGAAAAGGGUUUGCUAGCUCCUUUCGUAUGGACAUACCGGAGACUGCGUGACUUUGCACAAUCACUCCCAGACAACCAAGGCUGUAAAAUAAAGAAAACCAUCAAGGUUUCAACCCAUUUUGUCCUCCCCUGCCCUCAUCCCUCCUCACCCGACAAAAAUAAAAAAAUAAUAAAUCACACAUAAAUACACACAAAAUGAAGAGCAGCCCCCUUAGGGAACUCAGCAUUCUCUCUUUCUGGAACUGCUUGGAGCACUGCCCAGUUUUUGGAGACAACCUACUCUCGGGAUUAGGAGCCAGUUGGACAUGGAGGGGUAAGGUGGGGUGGGAUGGAUGCAGGCUGGCAGGUAAAUGGAAAGCCUUACAGGGAAAACCCCAUUGUCUCAGCAGGACUGAGAAGCUCAUAGAGGAGGAAGAAUGGGGAUGGUGGAGAGAUAAAACUGGACACUGACGUCUCUCUCCUUUUCCAGUCUGUGUGUGCCUGUUUACAGCACUGAUGCAUACAUCUUUGAGGGAGAUAAAACAAGAUGAGGACUACAAAUGAAUGACGAAAGUCAAACUCAAAUGAGCCACCCAGAGAAACCGCCACUGAGCCCUUUAGGCGUUUGUACUCACAAAGGUAGACGCCAAAUUGUACAGGAGAAUCUUUGUGCAUUUCAAAAUGCAAUACCACUGUUUUAGAUUUUUCUAUUCUGUUCGUGUGGUCAGGUGUCUCUAUUCCAAUCUACUUCAAUCUUUGUAAGAAAAUAUUGUGGGCAGGAUAUUUUUUGUUUGUUAUAUUUUAUAUCUAUAUUUUUCAUUCUAAGUUGUUUUCAUUUUUGUUUUGUUCUCUUAUCUUUUGUUGUUGUUGCUUUCUGUUUGGUUUGUUCACCACAUUGUGGGCUUGGACAGUGUUUGGCCUACACUUUUCUAAUUCUGAGGCGUAAAGUAGUUUCUACCAUGUGUGAGAAGUGUUUACUGUACUCUUUUAAAAAGUUUCAAGCUGAAUAUAAAACUCUAUAUAUAAAUCUAUCUAUAUCUACUUGUUCUGAAGGCGUGCUAUUUGUUUGCUGGGUUACACAUUCUGAUACAGAGGUUCCACUGUUGUUUUUCCCAGCGGGAGACGUAAAGAGAGACAGAACAGCCUUAGCAAAUGUAAACUCAAGUUCUCAUUGUUUGACAUUAUUUCAUCUAAUUUUUUUUUUCCACUUUUGGAUAUUGAUACAGAUCAUGUCUAUAAAUAAAAAGGAGGUAAUAAUUUAGAUUGAAGUCCAUAAUAAUUCUGUGUUAUUGUAACCAAAACUUUAAGGGGACAUUUAUAAAGAAAUAGAACAAAAACGUGAUCUAAUGCGAAGAGUGUUGUACACAGUGGAGUUGGAAUCCCGUAUAAACACAUUUCUUUCUCACACAUUACAGACACAAACACACCAAUAUGCCGACAAUAAAAUGAAAAAAAUGGUGAAAA